CACGCAGACAGCCAUUAGUACUCACUACUCUCCGACAAGGGAGGGGAACAGUCACAUGCAUUGAGUGAAGUAGUUGAACAGCCACCCUAGUGAGUAUUGUAGUAGGGCAGUACUCGUUAGCGCACAUUGUCGUCAGCGGUCGGCGCACCAACUCCGCAUCCACUUAGUCUCUGUUGCGUACGAGAUCUGGAAGACCCGAGGAGGAGAGUUCAUCCCGCUACAGUCAUCCAUGGCUCUGUGCAACGGAGAAACCAAGCUGGACAUCAGCAGCGUUGAGCCUCAGAAUGGUUCAUGUGAGGGGGCGGUGGUCAUCCUGGAUGCCGGGGCGCAGUACGGCAAGGUGAUUGACAGGCGGGUCAGAGAGCUGUUUGUCCGCUCAGAGAUCCUCCCACUAGAGACGCCAGCCUUCGCCAUCAGAGAACAAGGCUUCAGAGCCAUCAUCAUCUCUGGCGGUCCGAACUCUGUGUACGCUGAGGAUGCCCCCUGGUUUGACCCUGCCAUAUUCGCCAUAGGAAAGCCUGUCCUGGGUAUCUGCUAUGGAAUGCAGAUGAUGAAUAAGGUUUUUGGAGGGACAGUACACAGGAAGAGUGUGAGAGAGGAUGGAGUGUUCAACAUCGGACUGGACAACACCUGCUCUCUCUUCAGGGGCCUGCAGAAAGAGGAGCCGGUGCUGUUGACUCAUGGGGACAGUGUGGACAAGGUGGCCGAUGGCUUCAAGGUGGUGGCUCAGUCAGGGAGCAUCAUUGCAGGUAUUGCCAACGAGCAGAAGAAACUGUACGGGACCCAGUUUCACCCGGAAGUGGACCUGACAGAGCGGGGCACAGAGAUAUUGCGUAACUUCCUGUUUGAAACAGGGCACUCCAACUUCACCGUCCAGAACCGCCAGCAGUCCUGCAUCACAGAGAUCCAGGAGAAAGUUGGCAAGUCCAAAGUACUGGUUCUGCUGAGUGGAGGGGUGGACUCCACCGUGUGCACGGCCCUGCUGAACAAAGCUCUGAACAAGGAGCAGGUGAUCGCGGUGCACAUCGACAAUGGCUUCAUGAGGAAACGAGAGAGCCAGAGCGUUGAGGAGGCCCUCACCAAACUGGGCAUCAACCUCAAAGUGGUGAACGCAGCACACACUUUCUAUAACGGUACGACGACCCUGCCCAUCUCCGACGAAGACCGGACGCCACGGAAACGCAUCAGCAAGACCCUCAACAUGACCACCAACCCUGAGGAGAAGAGGAAGAUCAUCGGAGACACCUUCGUUAAGGUGGCCAAUGAGGUGAUAGGGGAGAUGAACCUGAAGCCGGAGGAGGUGUUCCUAGCCCAGGGCACCCUGAGGCCAGACCUCAUAGAGAGUGCUUCUCACCUCGCCAGCGGCAAGGCAGAGGUCAUCAAAACACACCACAACGACACAGAGCUCAUCCGCAAGCUCAGAGACGAGGGAAAAGUCAUUGAGCCGCUGAAGGACUUCCAUAAGGAUGAGGUUCGGGCACUGGGCAGAGAACUGGGACUGCCAGAGGGCAUAGUCUGUCGACACCCUUUCCCUGGUCCUGGCCUGGCCAUCAGAGUGAUCUGUGCAGACGAGCCCUACAUCUGUAAGGACUUUGCUGAGACCAACAACAUCCUCAAGAUCAUCACAGACUUCUCCGCCAUGGUCAAAAAGCCCCACACGUUGUUGCAGAGAGUGAAGUCGUGUAUAUCAGACGAGGAGGAGGAGAAACUCCUGCAGAUCACCAGUCUUCAUUCACUCAAUGCCUUCCUGCUGCCAAUCAAGACCGUGGGAGUCCAGGUAACGCACUUUAUACAGUGUUCUCUCACACUCAGCACUGCUCGGCCACGAGGCUGCUCUGUCUGUCUGAAUGUGACCUCUGACCUCUGUAAAUGUACGGGUGGUAUCCGGAAAAUUGAUCCCACUAUCCUGUCCGUUGCAAGAGCCAUGCUCUAUCAAGUGAGUGGUGGAGGACCACUGGUCAAAUCAAAUGUAUUUAUAUAGCCCUUCGUACAUCAG